AUGAUCAUCACUGGGGAUGAUAUUCACGAGAUUGAGAACUUGAAAAGAAGGUUACAUUCCAUGUGUAAGUCUAAGAACCUUGGAAAGUUACAAUAUUUCCUUGGAAUGGAAAUUGCUCGAAGCAAGCAAGGAAUAUUUGUGUCCCAACGAAGAUAUGUUCUCGAUCUUUUGAAAGAAAUAGGAAAACUUGGAUGCAAACCAGCAAGCACUCCUCAAGAGCGAAACUGGACAUCUAAAAUCAACGAUAAUGACCCUCCAGUUGAUCGAGAGCAGUACCAACGACUUGUAGGUAAGUUAAUUUACCUAUCUCUAACAUGUCCUAAUAUUGAAUACAGUGUGAGUGUUGUAAGCCAGUAUAUGCAUUCUCCCACAAAAAGACACUAUGAAGUUUUUCAACAAAUUCUGCGGUAUUUGAAAGGCACACCUGGGAAGGGAAUAUUUUUUAAGAAAAAUGAACAGCGAAACAUUGAAGGGUUUGUUGAUGCGGAUUGGGGAGGCUCAACUGAUGCCAAGUCAACAACAGGUUAUUGUACUAAAGUAUGGGGAAACAUAGUUACCUGGAAGUAA